AUGUCUGGAAAUUUUGGUGAAGGAGUUGAUCCGAGAGGAGAUUCCUCCGUUUUGUCCAAUUUAUCGCAGUUUGUGAAGCCGGAAAAUCCACCAAAAUACUUUGGAAUCGACUUUGACGAUACCUUUUUCAGUCCUCAUGAUAAGGAAGCCUUUAAGCUGAACCUCGAAGCUUUUGCAGAGGCGAGGAAGAAGGGGUUUGUUCCGUUUUUUUGUACGGGAAAAUCUCUUUCAUCGGCAAUGGACAUUGUAGGAGAUGAUUUUAUUGCCAAGACUGGAUAUAAUGGUUACCCGGGUGUCUAUGAAAAUGGAGCCAUGGUUUAUGACGAGAAUGGCAAGGUCGUCUACUCGAAACCAUUCUCGAAGGAAUUUGUCAAGGGUCUUGCUGAAUUUGUAAUGGGGAAGCCAUCAUUGCGAUCAAUUGAUUGCUUUGUUGGAGACAAGUAUUAUUCAACUGGAGUUACAGAGUUAAUGUUGAAAAGUUUAAAAGAGAGGGAUCUACCCGCUCCACAAGUAGUCCCUAUAGAAGAUAUUUUGCGUUUGGAUGUUGGCAAAAUCUACAUGACUUCUGACCAUGUGGAUAUUCCAGGUUUUGAGCAAGGGAAAGACUAUGUCGCAAAGUUUGAUCUUCCCGGAGCUUGGGAUGUCAUUCCGGGUGGCGUAUCCAAAGCUGUUGGAAUUACGAAACUCAUGGAACACUAUGGCAUUCCUCCAAAAGAUUGUGGAUUUAUUGGCAAUGGCGAUAACGAUACAGAAGCCAUGGACUUUUGUAACCUCUCAUUUGCAGUUGGCAACUCACCAGACUUUGUCAAGAGACACGCUAAAUGGGUCAUGGACAAAACUUGUGACGAGGGAGCAGUUUCAGAGGCUCUUCAACUCACAUAUGACUUAUAG